CUCCCUUACAAUAUACUUCCGGUUUUGUUUUCGUUGUAAAGUUUUGGUGCAAUUUAGACGUAUUUCUUCACUGGACUUAGUAAAUGAAAAUUUGUUGUAUACUAUUUUAUUGAUUUAUUUCCUUAAUAGGUUGUAAUGGAUCGGCUCCUCAGACUUGGUGGCGGAAUGCCUGGAUUGAAUCAGGGCUCUACUCCAGCUGAUGCACCUGUUGUUGACACACAAGAACAGGUUUACAUUUCAUCUCUAGCUUUACUAAAGAUGUUGAAGCACGGCCGGGCAGGAGUUCCGAUGGAGGUGAUGGGUUUGAUGCUGGGAGAGUUUGUCGACGACUACACCGUGCGGGUUAUUGACGUCUUCGCCAUGCCACAGUCCGGCACAGGUGUUAGUGUGGAAGCGGUGGAUCCUGUAUUCCAGGCAAAGAUGUUAGACAUGCUUAAACAGACUGGCAGACCUGAAAUGGUGGUUGGUUGGUAUCACUCUCACCCUGGGUUUGGCUGCUGGUUGUCUGGUGUCGACAUCAACACCCAACAAAGCUUUGAGGCCCUUUCCGAGCGAGCGGUGGCGGUGGUCGUCGACCCCAUACAGAGUGUCAAAGGAAAGGUUGUCAUUGAUGCAUUUCGACUGAUCAACCCAAACAUGAUGGUUCUAGGACAGGAACCCAGACAAACAACUUCAAAUUUAGGUCAUCUUCACAAACCAUCUAUACAGGCAUUGAUUCAUGGCUUGAAUCGACAUUACUACUCAAUUGCAAUUAAUUACAGGAAAAAUGACCUGGAACAAAAGAUGUUGCUGAACCUGCACAAGAAAAGCUGGGUGGACGGCCUCACGCUGCAGGACUACAACACCCACUGCACUGUCAAUGAGAACACCGUCAAGGAGAUGCUCGACCUCGCCAAGAACUACUCGAAGGCCCUGGAGGAGGAGGAGACGAUGACCGCCCAGCAGCUCGCCAUCAAGAAUGUGGGCAAACAGGACCCGAAGCGCCACCUGGAGGAACAUGUGGAUGUGUUGAUGACGACUAACAUCGUUCAGUGUCUCGGCUCCAUGCUUCACACUGUCGUCUUCAAGUGACCGCGCUCGCAGUUUACACACGCUUAUCAUGGACCUCUCAUUUUACGGUUGUCACUCGCUGAACUAAUACAUAUUAAAAUUACAUGUCGUUGGAUAUUCGCAGCAUUGUGUUUCAUUUAAAUCACGUGUAAAACAAGAGGUCCAUGGGGCUAAAUGGUCACCUGAGUAAAUUAUUGGUCCCACCUACAAUACUCACGAAGUGAGUGCACGAGGACAGUGUGUAGUCCAUGGCCUAUUGAAAUUAGCAGUGACAAUCGGCAGUGUCACUAUACAAGCAGUGGCAAAGUGGAUCUGUAAUAAGCAGGUUUUUUUAUCUUUAUUAAAUUUUCACUUGUUAUCUGUACAGAUUUGCGGUCACAAAGUGAUCUAACUUUUAAUGGCUACCCCAAAUACUCGCCCUACCUCCACCCCAUUUAUCUCUGUACGUCCUGUUUGUUAGUUGACAAAUUUAAAUUAAUUUGACACUCCACCAUAUUGUUUUACUGCAUGCUUGUUAGGUGUUUAAAGGGGCGUUUGUUACACCUGGUCUAGAGAAUACAACACCCCACAUAGGAUCGUCUUACUUACCAAGAUAAGCAAAAAUGUAUCUCUUAUCGUUCAGACAGGAUAGCAAUUACCUAAGCUUUUAAUAUAUAUGUUAUAGAGUACUGGUUUCAACAGGACAUACUCAAAGAGUCUGUCUUGUAAGUGGGGGUUGAUCUUAAUAGGAGAUUGAUCAUAGUUUGUCAUACCUAUGUAAGUGCCUGUCUCCAAGGAAGGAAGGGAAAAGUGAUUUAUUUAAUGAUGCACUUAACCCAUAUAUGGCAUACAUUGUAUGAUUAAAUGCCACACAUGAUGAGAGAGGCAACCUUCUGCAGCCACUGUUCUCUACAUUAACAUUUAUUUGGUUUAAAAUGCAGUUUAGCAGGUGGAUGUGAAGAUAAAAAAAAAACCCAACCCCAAUUCACUAGUUAACAUCUCACAAAAUUUGCAGUGGCAGUUGGCAAUGUUGAUAAACAAAUUUUUUAAAAAUUGAAAAGAAUAAAAACUACUGCAAACAUGUUUUGCAACAGCA